AGACUACAAGCCCCGCCCCACCCACUGGAGGCGGGACUCGGGCGGUUUGAAAGGUCCGCGCGCUGAGCUGGGUGGCUCGGCUGCCGCUGAGAUGUCGGUGCUGAGGUCUAUGGACAAGCUGCCUGACCUGAACCGAGCCACCAUCUUGCUGGUGGGCACGGAGGAUGCGCUUCUGCAGAAGCUGGCGGAGUCGAUGCUCCAAGAACACUGUGCGUCUGAGCUGAGGGUCCACUUGGCCAAUUCCCUCCCUUUGCCCUCCACUGUGAACCGGCCCCGAAUUGACCUGAUUGUGUUUGUAAUUAACCUUCACAGCAAAUACAGCCUCCGGAAGGUGGAGGAGUGUCUGAGCCACGUGGACAGCAGCUUCUUCCUGGGGAAAGUAUGUUUCCUCGCCACAGGGGCUGGACGGGAGAGCCACUGCAGCAUUCACCAGAACACAGUUAUAAAACUGGCCCGUACCUACCGAAGCCCUUUGCUCUUCUGUGACUUAGAGGUGGGAAGCUUUCGAGCCACCAUGGCACAACGCCUGGUACGCAUGCUGCAGAUCUGUGCUGGUCACGUGCCAGGUAUCUCAGCGGUGAACCUGCUGUCCUUGCUGAGGUGCUCCGACAGUACCCCAUCCAAGGAGCUGUGAGCGACGCUGCCCUCCCCACAUUUGGCUCAGGCUCCAGAAGCAGUCACUGUUGGUGAAAACCAGUCAGGGCCUGACAGGCCCUGGAGGCAGCCUCCACACUACAGGACU